ACGAUUUGUAUGAAGGCGUUGUGGAAACUGUAAUGUGUUAGUGUAUUAAUUAUUAUUCGCUUACUUGUCUCUUCAUCGAAUUUUAUUAUAAACCAGUCCACUAAUUCAAAAUUGUUAACAAUGAAAACAUUGAAAACUGUUGCCAACGAGGAAACCGAAAAUAAUAAAGUGUCCAAGAAAGGAAUGAGGAAGUUUUUGCGCAACCUGCAGCCUUCAAGUGACGGCAAAGAAAACUUGGUGGGUGCUGGCAGGACACCGCAGGACAUGGCGAUCGAAGGAAAAACCACAAAACCUGAACCAAAUUUUGACGAAACGGAAGUAUGUGUUACAGAAUCAUCUACUGUUGCUGAAAUGAAUGAGUCAUUAUACAAACAGUUGCUAACUGAAGAUCUCACUUCUAAAGCUGGCCCAAGUGAAAAAUACUGGGAAGUGAUCGCUGAACGCCGUAGAAAAGCUUUAGAAGAAGUAUUGGAAGCAAAUGAAAAAUUACAAGCAAUGGUUAAUGCUUUAGAAGAAGAAAACAGGACUUGCAAGCAAUUGAUCGAAAACACUACUGAUCUUGUCAACACACUUAAGCAAGUGAUAAAUGAGAGUCAAAUUUCUGAUGAUGACGAUGAGCCAUCUAAUGAAAAGAGAGACAGUGGUUUGAGUACGCCAGAAAGUUGUUCGAGUGUAGAACAUAUACAUAAGAAAAUGAAGACAUCACAUUCAAAUGAUUGUUCAGAUAGCGACUAAAAAAGUUAAAUUGUAUCUAUACUUAAGUUCCAAGUUACUAAAAUAAUAACAUAAUUUGUACAAAAAAUGUCACAAGUUUCUAGUAGGUUUAUGUUAAUUUAUUUAUUUCUAUAAGGGUAUUAUAUUAAUUAUGUUUA